CUGCCAUAUUGAAUUAUAAUAGGGAAGAAAAAAACGUAUUUUAUGGUUCUUUUUAAUGCUUAUUUCGAACUGAAACUGGUAAGUGUCGAAGAAUAAUGCAUUUAGUAUUCGUUUGUUUAUUUAUUAGACGUAAAGCUCCGUCCUUAUUGCUUUUUUCAGUGACAAACUUCUAUCCGCUUAUAACAAAGUAACACAAUACCAGUUGAGUUCGCUUGGCGUCGUUUUCCUCGCUUCGUGAAUCAAUCAAAAUUUAAAAAUUUGUCCAGUUUUCAUGCUGAAAAGCUUCUAUUUUGCUCUACAUCACGUUUUAUAGUGUCAUGUUGAGUUUAAAUCUUGCAGAGAAGCUUGUUUGCGAACGCAAGCUUUUUGUCAGGCCGACUUGGCGAAAUUUGCAAAUUGUCACUAAUUUGCCUCGAGAUACCAAUUUUGGGGCAGUUUAAGCGACAAUUUUUGGCUAAAUUUGCUUCAUGAAGAUAUAUCUGUGGCCAGCAAUGUAAAUUAGCGCUUUUGAUUACCAGAAAAGAUGUCUUGUCAACCGUUGAGGUCGAAACAACUCCUGUAACCGAAAAACGUUAACCUGGUUAUCGUGACCGAAAUUGAAAUUUACCACUCGUGCGUUUGUUAUAUUUUUACUGUUUAUCGUGAGUCGAACCUUUUAAAAUUAGUCGAGAGUAAUUGUGAUAAAUUUUAUGUUCCUUCAGUCUCGAUGAAAUGUCUUUUCCGAAGUUCUGUAAGGGAACUGCAGCAAGUUCAUCUCACAGUUUACAUAUAAUUCAAAUUUUCAAAUAACGAAACAGGUCUCAGAAGUUAUUUUGAGGGACAAUUUUGACGUUUGUUUGUGUCACAAAUAAUGAUCGAUGAACGUUUUAGCGAUACUUCACAGAAUGAAAAUAUUAAAUGAAAUUUGUUGAAACUUCUGUGGCGAUGGUUCCUGGUUGAGUCUAGUUUGGAGUCAAAUCCCUUUGAACUAAUACUUUCAUUAUAAGAGGUCCUGUUGAACAAAUUUCGGUUUCUUGGUAAUGGAUGUACAUGUUUGAACAUGUGUAUUUUUGGUUAACAUGCAGAUAUUAAAGAAGUAAUUGCUAUUUUUGGCAGUUUUUGUCAACAAUUAUUGGUGAUAACCAAAGUGCUUUACAGCUAAAUAACUUAGGCCAUUGAUUGAAAUUAAUAGAACCUCCAAGUUGUGAUGUGACAUUCAGUAUUUUCCAAUGACCACAAAAUUAAAACAUUCAUAAAUUAUUUGUUUUGUUUAAUGGAUCAAGGGCUAUUUUUGAAGAUGUGUGACUUUCAAAAAGGAUCCUCUUAUCCCUAUACACCUCUAUCAGUAUGCAUCUUUGCUGUACUGUUCUCUACACAUAUCCCAAAAUGCUGACAAGGAGAAUUUGUUUUAACAAUCAAGAGCUUCAUUAUGUGGUGAUCAUUUCCUUAAUUCUCAUGACCUUCAUGUGUGAUUCUGGGGUGAUGUUAUAAGGAGAAAUUAGAUGCUAGUCACUCUAAGAGGUGAAAGGGUUAAAAAUUGUAUUUUUGCUGAAUAAAAAACCUCAAUACCCAUUCUUGAAUUAUGUGAAACCAUUUUUGGUGAGGAUGUGUAUAGUACAAAGAAACAUGAAACCCUUUUGGUAACCAAAAUCAUGAUUGAACGAAAAAUUCUUAGGGAGACUUGUGGGAAACUAAAACAAAAAUGUUUAUGGCUGGUUUCCUUUUGAGGAAGUAACAAAAAACAAGAAACAGUCUCCUAUCUCAAACAAUCUGACAACCCAGCAAUGGACUUUUUGAUAAGAAGAGAGGAGAUAAAUGUUUGCAAAGUUAGAUGAGUAUAUGAGAGCAUGAUGAGAUGAGAAAAAUCUGAAACAUUUAUUAGCGUGGUUUGGUUUAUAAAAGUGAGCAAGGUUAAUCACUUGACACCAGGGUAUUUCUUUGAGGUUGUUUGUGAUGCAUUAGAGAUUGAAGAAUUCUUUGGUUAUGUAAGUGUAGAAUUCUUUGGCUUAAUCUCAAUGACCUGAGCUAUUUUUUAUUCAGAUGUGAAGCUGUGUCUGUUACUUUUACACUCCUCUUCUGUCAAUCAUUUCUUAUCAAAAGCUUACAUUUUCUUGCUGAGAGAGCAAGUAGAAAGUCUUGUAAACGGUGAAUGGAAGUUGACAAGUUGGUAGGCUUUUGGAGAAUUAACAGGAAUCUGGGCAAGUCUUGAGAGUUACCUGUUUGAAUGGCAAUUUUUUUCCAACAUUUUUGAGUAAUGCUAGCAAGCAAAGUGAUAAAGAAAGAGCAUAGGUUUCAGCAAUUUGUUAAAAUCAAAAUUCAUAUGGAAGUAAAAUUGCUGUAAGAUACCUCAAAUAACUAUUAUUUAUUCUUUUCUUUCAGACGGAACACAUGAUAUAGCCCCUUUUGCUCUACUAGCAUCAUGUUUUAUCAUCAAUUCAUCUUGGCCAAAAAGGCCCCACUGGCCAGAGUAUGGCUUGCUGCUCACUGGGAGCGUAAGCUUAGCAAGGCACUGGUCUCUGAAACAGAUCUCCCCUCAUCAGUCGAGAGUAUCAUCUCACCCAAAGUCAAGCUUGCCUUACGAACAUCUGGUCAUCUACUUCUUGGUGUUGUCAGAAUAUACUCCAGGAAAACUAAAUAUCUGUUGGCUGACUGCACAGAAGCAUUUGUAAAAAUCAAGAUGGCAUUCCGCCCAGGAGUGGUUGAUUUGCCUGAAGAGGGAAGAGAGCUGGCAUUUGCAGCAGUUACCAUGCCAGAAGUUUUUACUGACCUUGAUAUGACACUGCCUGAACUCAAGUGAGCUGAUGUUUUUUUUUUUUUUAUACCUUCUCUCUAUGAUUGCUUUUUACUGUAGUAUUUGAAAAGGAGUUUAUCAUUGGAACACUCUGAAUAACUUGGAAUCAUGUUUCUGAUAAGAAAAUUUUUGAGCUAUCCUUGUAAUUUUUUGGUAAAAAUGUCAAAAUUAGCCAUUGUGUUGCUAACAAGAAUUCUUCAAAUUUAUAUGAAUAACUUGAAUUUGGUUAUGUCUAUAUUAAUAAGAUUUGCUUAUCUCAAACAAAUUCUCCUUGUCAGUACCAAACAAAAUGUAUAAAAUGGAAUAUAGAGAAAAUGGAUGUUGAUGUUACGGUGUAAGGGUUUAAAGUCCUUGAAUUUUAAAAGCAUGGUAUGAAAUAGUACAGCAUCUUGAUAAACAGCAAUUUGUUUUUCAUUACAGUGAGGUUGAAAUUCAUGCUCAGUUCACCCUUAAUCAAGGAAGAAUUGAAGAGAUUACAAUGAAGGAAGACAUAAUCACGAACAACUUCAUUGGAGAUGAUGGUUUUGGAGACAUAAUGUUUGAAGGGGAGCUGGAAACCGAGAUGUUCAGACACCAGGCUUCCAUUGAGGAACCUCUUAACAAGACAAAUGACAUCUCUAAACUGAGCACUAUUGAUGAACCAAAGGCAAUCACAGACUCAACUUUAGAAAGGAGCAGGAUAGGUAUUGUGUUAUGUGUUUAAUUAGUUAUAUUAAGGUGCAUUGGCAUCAUGUUUCUGUUUAUGAAAAUGCUUCAAGAUAAAAAUUUUCAAGCUGUCAUUAUGUGGUGAAAGUUGUCACACUUUUAAGAAAUCACUCCUAUUUUGACCGACACGUGCAUGAGUUAAUUCCUUAAAGUCAAUCUUACAGCCAGGCAAAAUGCCUUAAUUCUAUGCUGCACCAGUACCCUUGGUACAGUAUAGGGGAGGGGAGAGGCAAGUGACAACAGGGUUCAUACAAAGUCUUGAAUUCUUGAAAAAGUCUGGAAAUUUGCGAACUACUUUUCCAGACCUGGAAAAAGUCUGGAAAUUAAAGAAAAUGGGAUUAAGUCUGGAAUUUUUCUUAAGGAGCAGCAGGUGUUUAAAAGCUAGCUGAAAUCUUUGCAAUGUAGCUGAUUUCACUUCUUUGUUAAUCACACACUAAUGGCAAAAACCCAAGGACGUUUUUGAAAAAGUGUACUGUAAAAAAUUGUUUUGAGAACUGAGGUACUUGCUUUAUGGUAGAAAUUUAGUAUACUGCUAUUGUUUGGUUGUGUCACUGUAAGUUUUAGAACUAAACAGUUGAAACUGAAUUUUUUUAAAUUCAUUGUUUUCAUAGUUAAGACAGUUAUUUCUUCUUGGGCCAUGAAGAAUCUCACUGUUACCUUGAGUCUGGAAAAUUAAAAAAAUGGUCUGGAAAAAGUCUUGAAUUCUGUCCACAAAAAAAGUGUAUGAACCCUGUGACAAUAUGACCUGUUACUUUUUGUUUUUGCAUGUGAAAAGACUCAUCAAGAACCCUCUGUAUAUCAUUAUGAGCAAUUCGUUAAUUAAUGAUUUUGGAUAGGGCAAGAAAAAAAAUCCUUCGCUUACAUUUAGAUUUUUCCUCAGAUAUAGCACUUGAUGAGCCAAUCAAAGACGAUGGAUUUGGUGGGGAAGGUGUGGAUUUUCUGGCAGAUGGAUUCGGAGAUGAACUUGGUGGUGAUGCUCUAGUUCCUGGUUUUGAUGACUUGCCAACUACCUUGGCUGCUGUAGAUGUUACUUUAGAACCUGUGGAUACCAAGUUAGACUCAGAAGAACAGAAGGAAACUUCCAGUGCUGAACCUGGACAAGAAGAAAGUGAGUUUUAUUUUUAAAGUGGAGCUUCUUGAUCUACACAGCCCCUGUGCAUUGAUUCAAUAUAGUUAACCAACUAAGCUUGUUAUCAAGAGGUAUAUCAAACGUUCCCUAUGAUUGAUCCCUUUAACACAAUUUAAAAUGCCAACUGUUGACUACUAGUAAUGCAACUGUAGAAUUCCACUAGAGUUUUUCUUAAGGAAUGCUUAAGGCUAACAGGUUUUGGUCCAAGCGAGUCUUUACUUUUGUUUUUACAUUUGAUUGGUUCCUUAAGCAUUGUUUCUAAUGUUUGCAUGCAGUUUCUCUUGCAACGUAGAAAUAACUUAAUGUAAGUGUCAAGUGACCACAAAUAAACAGUGGAAAACUUAAGUUAACAAACUUGCUUUAAUCUUUUUGCUAUGUACAAAUGUGCAACUUUUUUAAACCUUUAACUCCUAGAUCAAAUUUGUAAUUCUUACUGUCAACCAUACAGUUCUCAUAAUGUUAGUUUGGAGAAUUUAGUAUUGGAUCAACUAAUUACCCCCAAAUUGAUCUUUUUCUUAAUUCUUGUCACUUAUCUGGUUGAUAUUGUGUAGAUAUUGUAAGGAGAAAUUCUGUCUUGGUCACGCAUGAGAUUUAAAGGGUUAAAGCUGGUGCAACUUGGUGCAAGUGUUAUAAAGAAACCUGGGAGAGAAGAGAGACCUGACUGAAAUAGGGAAGCUCUAAUGUCUUCCUCCUCCCCUGCAGCCCGCCUGCCCGCCCGCCCCCCCAAAAAAAAAAAAAAAAAAAAAAAAAAAAAGAAAAGAACAAACUGUCUCUAUCUUCUCCCCCUACAAGGAAGUCUAAAUGUCCCAAUUAAUGUAAAUGAAAAACUGCUGACCAACAUUGUCUCAGUCACACUGAAGGUUACUAGUGUUCUUAACUUGAAUCAGUCUAAUUGAUUGGUUUUUUUUUUUAUUCAAACAGGUGUUAUAAAUGAGACUGCAAAUGAAACAACUCUGUUACACAAUGAAUCAGAGGCCUUUGUACUUGAACCUGUGGAAGUUGUUCAAAAAGAAAAGCGUAGUCGUAGGAAAAGAAAGCUAAUAGUUGAUGAUGAAAAGUUGUUGGCUACAGAAGCAAUCAAGUCCCAACUGUCUGACACAUCUGAUAUUGUCCGAUCAGCCACACUCGCUCCUCCAACAAAGUGCAGAAUGAAGCUGAAAAUUUCUUCAACCGUUGAAAAGCUUUUUGCUCUGCCUGGCACAGAAUUCUUUGCAUUGCCAGUGGUGGAAGCCUUUGUGCAAAAUCUAACAAAGGAUGUCAGUGGUGGGUCUGAUACAGCUGAAUCAGAAGAAAAAAUGGACAUUGAUGAACCAGAAGUUGCAAGAGAAGAAGAGGAGGGAUCAGGAAUUUAUGAAGCUAGUAAACGAUCUUCGGUUUCUUUUGCCAACAUGGAGGCUAAUGAGACAGUAUUACCUGAUGAACCCAUCGAUGUUACUCUUGACCAGAAUUUUGAACGUCCAGGAGAAGAGGAAGAGCAGUUCUUAGCUGGAGGUGUGGAGGAUAUUUAUCCAAACAAGGAUGAGCUAGAAGAUAAUGAACUAGAACAGGAAUUGGCAGCUUCCCAAACAAAUGAAGAGCAACAAAGCUCUGAGACAAGUGAACAGUUUGAAAACCGACGAUGGACAAAACGUACACAACAGCUGCUUCAUACUCUUAAGAGAGAGUUCAACAAAAAAGACACUGUCAGCUUUGGAAGCUUGGUGCACAAAGGAAGUAGGAAACAAGUAGCGUACAAAUUUUACAGUUGUUUGCUGCUUAGCAAGGAAUCCAGUAUCAAUGUUCAUCAGAAAAAGCCAUUUGGAGACAUUUCAAUCUCUAAAGGACAUAAAUUCGAUUCAGUGUGUUAGAAGCUACUGUUGUAUUUUAGAUGUUUCUACUGUUAGAUAGUAUCUAUUCAAUCGCACUACAUACAAUGGGCUUUUUUUUUUUAAGCAAUUUAUAAGAUAGCUAAGUUAGAAUUGACCCAUGCAGACAUUGUACUUAAUAUUGUUUGCUCCAUAGAAGUUUGUUGGAGAAAAUGUUACUUACACUGGCUGGAUUACAUAUUGCCUUAUCAGUUCAAAGCCACUAACAGUGAUUGGCAAUUUGGCUUUUUCUCUGUCUGAAGUGCCACUGCAUGAUGUCCAUUACAUUGAGGGUUUGCACCUUAGAUCAAAAGUAAUUAAGGAUUAUAUUGACUUGGUUGUGUUUCACUUUGCUCUGCUAUCAGUCCUGGAACUGACCCUAUCUCCUCAAAAACCUUCCAUCACUUGUUUCCUGGGGUCCUCACAAUAUCAAGGCCUUUUCUAUGUGUCAACUUUGUGGCUUCAUUCUCUGCUUUUUAUAUUUCCAUUUUAUUGUGCCAGGUAAAUCUGAUUGCUUUAAUUUUAGUUUUAUGACUCUUGGUUCAAAAACUUCUCUUUCACCUUCAAACAUAUUUAUCUCCUGGACAAUGUUUUCUUACUGCAAGACAGGAAAGGAAGACUAAGGGUUUGGCCUCCUCAUCUUUACCUUGUGAUGGGUACAUUUAUGUGUCAAAUAUGCACAUCACAGAUGAUGAUCACAAUAGUGUUUGUAAAAAUGUAUGUUACUGAGAUAGAGGUGGAAUACUUUCCCACUUUUUGGGGGUUUUUAUCUGUAAAUGUAUUGAAAGAGUUGUGUGUUUGUAAAUACCUGUAAGUAUAUUAAUGGCAUAUUUUUAUUGAAAGUUUUUCUUUGUUUACCUUACGUGAUUCAGUUUUUAUCCCCACAUGUACUUUUAUCAGAAGAAUAAUCAUAUGUGCCUUAGGUAGCCUUCAUUGAUGCAUUGGCAGACAGCUGGGUAGGAGGAAAGAAACGAUAGUCAUCUAGGCAUCUGUUACUACUGUUGGCCUACUGUGUUUGAACACAUACACUUACAAAGCAACUUAUUGAUUGCCUUGGUCAAAAUAUUAUUGUUGAUAUAUCAAGUGAGGCUACUCAGAGUAAUAGAUCUAACAGUUACGGAUAGUUAAUUCCUAAGCUGCUAGAGUGUGGUUAUAAGAUUUGUGAACUUAAUUAGCUUUUGAAUGAAGUGUAUAUAUGAUAUUUCUGUGUGUAUCAUAGUUUUAGAUAAAGUGUUAUGCUUAAAAAGUUUGUUGUAGGCUUUCUUUGGAACCUGAACGCAGUACUUAGUACUACCUAAAUCGUGAAAGGCCUUCAUUUUUAGUGAAUUUUGUAAUUUUUCCUUGAUGGCAAUUACACGAAGCACACUUUUUAGAAAAGUUAAGCCACAAAUGGCUUUUACAAUGGUUCACCUUUAAGUAAAUACCACAAAAUUGUUUUUGGCUAGUUAACAACAGACCUUCCUUGAGCAACUGUUUGCUCCACAUAUUUAGAUGAACAUUAGUUCAAAGAAAAAAGACUAGUUUGCAAAUGGUUAUAAGUAUAAGCAUAACCUUUUUUAACUUUCGUUGAUAUUUUCUUUGCUUUAAUAGUUUUAAUUAUUGUAUAUAGUUAAACAAAUAAUAGCUGGUCGUUUAGGUGGUGUUCUGUUGACAUUGAUUGAAAACUUCAUUUCCCUUAAGAAAAGCAUUAAUAUUCCCACAUUACAUUAGAAAUUACGUGCAUUCUAGUUAACACUUCUGUAAUUAAAAGUUAUCUUUAAUGAGCAGUAACAACAUGGUGUAUCUUGAAAUGAUUUCAAGUGAAAA